CUCUCUCUCUCUCUCUCUCUCUCUCUCUCUCUCUCUAAAAGCCAACUUAUAUCUUUGGCCAUCCCUUUUAAUCAAGAGCUUCCAUCCAUGGACACCGCUCAGUGGCCACAGGAGAUUGUGGUGAAACCGAUAGAAGAAAUAGUCACAAGCACAUGCACAGCAACAACCACCCCAAAGCCAUCAUCAUCGUCAUCUUCGACUUUGGAGAGGAAGCCAAGGCCACAAAAGGAACAAGCUCUGAACUGCCCAAGAUGCAACUCCACCAACACCAAGUUCUGCUACUACAACAACUACAGCCUCACCCAGCCCAGGUACUUCUGCAAGACCUGCAGGAGGUACUGGACUGACGGUGGAUCCCUCAGGAACAUCCCCGUGGGUGGUGGCUCAAGGAAGAACAAGAGAUCAUCAUCCUCGGCAUCUUCUUCUUCCUCGUCUUUCAAUCCUUCAUCCAAGAAGCUGCCUGAUCUGAUCAGCACGCCUGCAUCAAACCCUAACAACAAAGUGCCACUCCAUGAAGGCCAAGAUCUGAACCUGGCCUUCCCAAACCCUCACCAUCACGACUUCAAGUCCAUCUCUGAGCUGGUCCAACUGCCAAGCCUCGAGGCCAGCAAGAACCACCAAAUCUCUGCCAACUGUACCUCUGCUGGUGCUCCUGCGGCACCACCGCGGCAGCUCUCAGCUCUGGAGCUGCUCUCAGGGAUUACGUCGAGAGGUAGUUUGAAUUCGUUCAUGUCCAUGCCGCUCCCCGAUCCGGGCUCCGUCUACACGCCCGGGCUGUUCGCGCUGCCGGACUUCAAGCCGACCCUCAAUUUCUCUCUUGAUGGCUUUGGGAGUGGGGCUUACAGGAGCCUCCCAAGUGUGCAAGAGGGUGGCACUAAUGGAGGGAGGCUCUUGUUCCCCUUUGAAGAUUUGAAGCCAGUCUCGAGCACAAGCGAUGUUGAGCAGAAUAGAGGAGAGCAAGGAGACUCCAAUGGAUACUGGAGUGGGAUGUUGGAUGGAGGAUCGUGGUAAAGAAUUAGUUUCAGACUAAUGAAACAGAAGAAAAAAGAAUAAAUAAUGGGUUCCUACUUGUUCUUCUUUGGGUGUUAAUUUUUACUUAGUAUCCAUCAGUUUCUCUCUGGUGAUGAUGGUGAUGGUGGUGGUGGUGGUGGGUACAUUUUUAUUAUGACUUGUUGAUUUUUCUUGGAAACUAACAGAUCAUAGGUUUUAUUAAGUGGGUUCCUUUCUCUC